AUGGUUUUUUUGGGCUCAUUUAUUGUAUUGGCCAUAGUCGUAAUCAUUUUGCUGUAUUGGAAAUAUGUUCAAAAAUUGCAUUAUUGGCAACGUCAGGGUGUGGACUCUAUUAGCAUUUGGGACAUGACUCAGAACUUGAAGCUGCAGCCAUGGGGAUUGGUUAUCAAUAAAUACUAUCGCCAAAUGUGUGCCGAAAACAAGGCGUUCAAGGUAAUCGAAGGAUUAUUGGUAUCAGUGGUGGUCGUUCAAGAUCUUGAAGCCAUUAGGGACAUAAUGAUAACCCAGUUUGAUAGUUUUCCCGAUCGAGGUUUCUAUGUGAAUCCUCGUGAUGCGCUGAGUGUUAAUUUAGCCCGCCUAGACUAUGACCUUUGGAAACCAUUGCGGCAGAAAAUGUCUCCAAGUUUUACACCAGCCAAAAUACGAUACAUGUAUCCCACUCUGCAGAGGGUGGCCAAGCAAUUUGUAGAGGUCUUGAAAGACGAAUGCCAAAGGCUUGCAAAUCAAAUUGAAAUCUAUGACUUAUGUGCCCGCUACACAACUGACUUCAUUGGCAAUGUGGUGUUUGGUUUGGAAUGCAAUAGUUUGCAUGAGCCACAUACGGAAUUUCGCAUUGAAGGUGAUAAGGCUUUUUAUCAGAUACGCAAACCCUAUUUGGAUUUAUUUGCAAUUAAAUUCUCCAAAUUAAUGAGAUUUUUGAAUGUACGGGCCUUCGACAAGCAGAGCAAUGAUUUCUUUACACGAGUGUUCAAGGAGAGCAUGGAGCUAAGGAUAAAGAGCAAUGAACGACGCAAUGAUCUAAUGGAUCUUCUUGUCGACUUGAAGCGAGAGCAUGAACAUGAUUAG